UCGAUCUACAACAUCACCUACUCGUUUCUUUGCCAUAAUGGACAUAUAUGGCGAUUGUAUAGAGCCAACAGAUUGGUCAUACGUUGACCAGAAGCGUGCAUUCUUCAUGUCAUUAUACGCAGAAUUGUCAGAGUACCAUGGCGCUCCACUUUCCGUUAUAGACCUUUUUUUCUUCCCGGUUUUCGAGGAUGGAAGAUACUAUGCUUUGUGCUUUGAUACACGUCGUAAGCGCCUCUAUAUACUAGAUAGCACUAUUGACAUCACCGAAAACCAGCUAGAAUCGAGAUAUACUAAUGUUUGCCAAGACGUGCGUCAACUAUUCGCUGACUACCUUUACUAUAACAACGAGGAGCGAAAGGCAAAUGCUGUAGCAAACUCUGUGGAGCAAGUUGUCAAAAUUAAGUGGGCAGACAGAGGUAACACAAUCGAAUCUGGUGUGUACUUGAUGAGGCAUCUGGAAACAUUCAUGGGUGAUGGUACACAGGCAUGGAAGUGUGAUGUAUCUAGUAAACGGCCGCAACAAUUCACUAGGAUGCGCAUAAGGUAUUGUGCAUCGAUUUUGACGUGGGAGUCUAAUGAAGUGUCGGAUGUAGCGAACAAAGCUUCAGACAACUUUAAAGAAAUGUGCGAGGAUCCAGACUUCAACGUAAAUCAGAUGUUGCUUGGGUGAACCUAGUACGAGCAUUAGUC